AUGUCAGUUAAACUUUUGACUUUUUUGCUGCUCCAAACCGCAGUAGCUAUCCUGGCGGGCGUUCUCACGAUACCUCAGCCCGUGCAUCACCAAACUUCGCUAAUCAACGAGCUCCUCAGACAACCUCCGCGCAUCGGUGGUCGCAUUGUUGGUGGCCAACCUAUAAACAUAACAGAUGCUCCAUACCAAAUCUCGUUACAAUUAUCGUUUCUAAUAUUCUCGAAGCAUAUUUGCGGCGGUUCACUGAUCUCGAAGGAGUGGAUACUAACGGCAGCGCAUUGCACCCGGAAGAAAGCUAAUCAACUACGCGUGCGGUUAGGAACCUCUGAAAUUAAAAGAAAUGGGCAGCUUCUACGAAUCAAAAAGAUUGUUAACCAUGAAAAAUACAACAAUUUAAAUUACGAUUAUGAUUUUUCGUUGCUGCAGCUGCAGGAACCAAUUGAAUUCGAUGCGACCAAGCAGGCUGUUAAGCUGCCGAAGCAGGGCCAAGAGUUCAASGACGGUGAAGUGUGUUAUGUAAGCGGUUGGGGCGACACAAGGAACUCUAAUGAGUCAAACGAGUGGCUGCGACGGGUGCCGUUACCGCUGGUCAACCAGGAGCAGUGUAGGAAGGAAAACCUUCUAAUCAACAUUGUGACAGAUAGCAUGAUCUGUGCUGGCUAUUCGGAAGGUGGCAAGGGCGCCUGUCACGGCGAUUCUGGUGGUCCCAUGGUCAAUGGGGACGGUAUGUUGGUGGGCGUAGUGUCUUGGGGCAAUCCGUGCGCAAAACCUAACCAUCCGUCCGUAUUUGCUAGAGUAUCCUAUGUUCGUGAAUGGAUCAGAGAGCACAGCGGUGUUUGACUUGCUAACUAACUAAAUAAACAACCUUCAGCAGCAAUAA